AGCAAUAGCAGCGCCUGCAAGCGGCACACAUCAGCAACAGGGGCUCCCAGCUACAGGUUCCCUGCCGCCGUGGUUGCAGGUCUCGCUGACUAACCUUCUCACAUCCGCUAACUAAACUUCAGUGACUUUGAUAGGAAUGGCUGGUAAAUGUUUACUGAUCAGCGGCGGCUUGCUGCUGCUGCUGCUCGUGCUGCAGCCGCAGCCUACCAGCACUCAGUCUUUGGGCCCGUUGGUGCCAGCGCUUGCUGAUCAACUUGUCUCCCUGUGGCAGAACAACGAGCUACAAUUCAUGGGCUUUCAAUGCUUCUACCAGCAAAACCCGCGCAUUAAAAGAUGGCAGCUUUAUUUUCGGGGUAAUUUCAUGUGCCCAGGGUGGACGGCAAUACAAGGCAGAGCUGAGACCCGCAGCAGAAGCGGAGUCUUGCGUGACACCAUCGAAGACUUCCUCAACAAGAUCACGGCUGCGAACCUGGUCACAGCCGACGAGGCGAGAGCGUGGCUAGGAAGUGUCCAAAAUUUACGUCGGAACAAUCUUUCAAGGAACGUCCAGCGGUGCUAUUUUGUGUCGCGAACAAUGCAGGGCAAGGCUGGGGUGUUGGUGAUGGCGGUGGUAGCACUAACGUCCGUGCAGAUGACGCAGGCGCAGAGCUGGUCUGAUCUCUUGCCCGCUAUAACUCAACAAAUAAACUCGCUGUGGCAGAACAACAACUUGCAGUUCAUGGGAUCCGAGUGUAGCUACGUCCAGAAGCCGAUAGUCAAGCGCUGGCAGCUAUACUUCAAUGGAAGAUUUACUUGCAAUAACUUUGCCGGAAUAACAGGCAGAAGUGAAACUAGGAGUCGUUCAGGCGUCAUGAGCGAUGCUAUAAGAGACUUCUUGAACAAGGCGCAUGCGCAGGGCCUAGUUACCGAAGAGGCGGUCAGGAUCUGGCUCCAGGGAUUCUCUUAACUGAAUCAUUGACAAGAACCGUUCAAGAAUUCACAGUAAUAGCACAGACAUUAGCCUUUUUUGGUGUCCAAUGCUUUUUCAUUUCAUUUUCCGACAGAAUACGCUAGGUGCGGUAUUUCCCUUGCUUCAUUCAACAGUACUUGUGACACCAUACUACAAUGAUUUUUCACUAUCGUUAUCAGGAUUUUUACGAUGUGACGUAAUUCCAAAUAAUUUUCUUCAUAUUCGAGUCCAGAGCAUGUUCAUUGUGGACAAGUAUGCCGAAGAAAGAAUGAACAAAGGACAUAAAUGAACUACUAAUGUCGUCAAUGCCUUAUUGUAAUGAUAGUGAGGAUAUAAAACUUGACGUUUUACCAAAUUUUUGGUUCAAACUUUCAUGAAAUACGUAUAAAUAACUACACUAUGUAUUACAACCAGAAAUUGUUCCCAAAAUUUAAAAAAAAUUGUCCAAAAUAUCGAUUUUUCGCGAGAAUUUGGAUUCAUGUAGUAGGUAUAUUGAUUGUAUGUAUGGCAUCUGUCCGUCUCAAAAGUUGACGAUUGCAUCUCGAGCUGCUUGCUAGUCCCGACUCUGGCAUGACUGCCUUGACCGCAUUUAACAUAAAUAAAAUCUCAUGGUGCAAUGACGUUCUGUGAAUGCUUUCCGGAGACGACAUUUGUCUUCGCUUCAGAUAUUAUGAACGACCGUGAUAUUUCACGGUCUAAUACCGGUUAUACCAUAUCAAAUAAAUAUAUAUAUCAAAUAUAUAAUAAAUAACUAAUACCGGUUAUACCAUAUCACGUCGCAUGUCAGUGAAGUUAUUAACGACAUCUUGCACAUCGAGCUAUAUGAACCUAUAUGACAUCAGAUGCUUUUUUAAUUAUAGGUCAUUCGUGAUGCAUAAGACUUCUCGGGUUGAACUAUUAAAACUGGAUGUAUUUUAA